AUGGCUGCCGAGUCGCGAUAUCUGGGGUCCGUCGGCAGCGGCCAGUCGGGCCAGGUCGUCCCGGCCGCCACCCCUGCCGAGCCGAGCGAUGUCGAGAAGCUGUCGCCGGCGCAACCCUCCGGCCCCGCGGGGCCCCCUAGCGACGAAGAGCUCUUCAAGCCCCGGAGCGUCCGCUUCUGGCUGACGCUGCUGUGUAACUUCCUCGCCCUCUUCCUCGUCGCCCUCGACCGCACCAUUAUCGCCACGGCCGUCCCCCGCAUCUCGGAUGAGUUCAAGGCCCUGGGCGAUAUCGGCUGGUAUGGCUCCUCCUACAUGUUGACGACGGCCUGUGCCCAGCUGCUUUUCGGCCGCAUCUACAAAUUCUACGAUAUGAAGUGGGCGUUCCUGCUGAGCAUCGUCGUCUUCGAGACCGGCUCAGCGAUAUGUGGCGCCGCGCCGACCUCGACCGCCUUCAUCAUCGGCCGCGCCAUCGCCGGCCUUGGCUCGGCCGGCAUCUUCUCGGGCUGCCUGCUGAUAAUGAUUCCCAUGAUCCCGCUGCACCGCCGCCCGGCAUUCCAGGGCCUGUUCGGCAUGGUCUUUGGCAUUGCAUCCGUGCUGGGUCCCUUGAUCGGUGGUGGCUUCACAGGCGGAGUCACUUGGCGUUGGUGCUUUUACAUCAACCUCCCCAUCGGUGCCGUGGCCCUGGGCUUCAUGAUUUUCUUCUGGAACCCGCCAAAGCAGAGGCACGAAGCGGUCAAGCCGAUCGCGCACUUCAAACGUCUCGAUCCCCUGGGCAUGCUUUUCUUCCUCCCUGGUGUCGUCUGUCUUUUCAUUGCCUUCCAGUGGGGUGGGUCGACGUACGCGUGGAGUGAGUGGCGCAUUAUCUUGCUGCUGGCCAUCUUCGCAGCCUGCACCGUGGCCUUCAUCACUGUUCAGAUCCUGAUGCCCGAGACCGCCUCCGUUCCGCCCAGGGUCAUAACACAACGAAGCGUCGCAUUCGGCACGGGCUUCACCUUCUUCCUGGCAGGCUCAAUGCUCAUGCUGGUGUACUAUGUGCCCGUGUGGUUCCAAACCGUGAAGCUGGUCGACCCCAUAAAAUCCGGCAUUUACACGCUUCCUCUUGUGCUAAGUUUGGUUGUAUCGAGCAUUGCCUCCGGCGCGAUCACGCAAAAAAUCGGUUACUACGUCCCCUCCAUGCUGGUCGCCCCCGCCCUGAUGUCUAUCGGCGAGGGUCUCCUCACCACUCUCGACCGCUUCAGCCCUACCUCGCACUGGGUGGCCUACCAGUUUCUCUCCGGCUUUGGUCUCGGGUUUGGGAUGCAGACCUCAGGCCUCGCCAUCCAGACUGUCCUGCCAAGGGAGGAUAUCAGUACGGGCAUCGCCAUCAACUUCUUCGUCCAGCAGCUUGGUGGCGCCGUGUUUACGUCCGUGGGGCAGACCAUUCUCACAAACAUGCUCGUCUCGCAGCUAUCAGCGCUUCCAGGGUUCGAUCCGAAGGACAUUGUCCAAGAAGGUGCGACGAACCUUUCGCAAAGCGUUCCGCCAGAGGACGCCGGGUUGGUGAUCGACGCUUACAGCAACGCCUGCCGAAAUAUUUUCUUUGCCUCCAUGGGCCUGGCGUUUGCGUCGUUGUUCUGUGCGCUUGGCAUGGAGUGGAGGAGUAUCAAGAAGGGCAGG